CAAAAAAAUGAAACACAGCUAUUGUUGGUUCAAAGAAUUUAAAUACGUUUGAAAUAUAUAAUACACUUAAGUUUGUGCAUUAAAAUUAAAAUCUUAGUUUGGACAAAAUUAGAAAAAGUAAUUUUCAAAUUUACACAACUCAAUUACAUUAAAUGAAUGAAAUAAAGUUGUGUUGCUUCUGCAGUACCGCACUUUGAUCAGCAGGUGGAGCUGCACAUGCGCAUGCGCAGAUAGAACGCACAUGGUUCACUCUCCUGAUUACGGUCGGCCAUUUUCUGCAUUAACGUCUUGUGAACAAAAUUACUUUACAAGCGGAGAAAACGGAGAAGGUUUUGUCUAUAUGUGGAGACACAGAGUUUGGAAGUUAUGCCUCAGGAGUCCCACAAGUGGCUGUGCAGAGAUUGUGGCUCAUUUCACACAUCCAGAUCAACGCUUUUAAAACACUUCAGAAAGGUUUGAUGUAAUGGAUAGCACAGCCAAGCUUCUAGUAAUCUUGGGAGAUAACGACUGUGAAAGGUUAAUUCUCCCAACUGGUAUACCAGACUCAUUGAAUGACCUUAAAAGAGAAAUCCAAACACAACUUGGAGUACAUGAACAUUUUCGAAUACAAUUCAAAGAUCCCGAUUUUAAUGAUUUUGUUAACCUCAGUUCAACUUCAGACAUACAGGACAGAGCCACACUUAAGGUGAUUCAGUUGCCUUCAUCUACAAGUAGCUCUUCUGCUCCAUCUGUGCCAGAAGUAAUUGAGACAUCUUCGGGCUCAUCCUGUGACACAGACAUCAUUUCAUCUUCACAUUCAUCUGCACCUUCCUCAUCCUCACAUUCAUCUGCACAUUCAACUCCAGAAUCUCUGUGCUGUGUUAGAAAUAAGGUAUGGCCUCAAAGUUUUCCAAUACCACAGUUUAGUUUUGAUGCUGAGAUGCAACUGCAAAAAGCUCAGCUGGCUUAUCAAACGGAUGGUACUCUUCUCAGCCCCAAUACCAAGCUGAAGUCUGACAUUUUAGAUGCUUUAGCUGCAGAAAUAAUAAAGUACAAGGCAUACCCCUCAACUGCAGAUCUUGAUGAUGUAGCUUCUGCUUUGGUACAGAAGUUCCCUUGCCUCAAAGAAAAAGGCUCUGCAAGUGGCUACUAUGGCUGGAAAAUAAGUUUAAAAUACAAGAUGGCAAACUUCCGAACAAAAUUGAGGAACAUAGGAUGUUCUGAGCUAAACAUCAACUCACACAAGCGAAAAGGAUCAGUGGGAAGUCCUAACCAAGUGAAGAAACCUAAAAAAGCUGAGGUAAACUAUUGUCCGGAUUACCCACUGGGAGAAACAAAAGAAACACUUGAACAUCAAAGAAUUGCACUACUGUCUGAGGUGACUAAAAGAAACAAUGAGCAGGUUAUCAGGGGGCUGAUGGACAGAACAUUUUCGCUUAGAAGACAUGAGGUGGUUGAAGAUUUGCCUGGCAUUGGUGAAUUUAAGAAUAGAUGGCCAGCACUGUUUAAUGAACGAGAGGUUUCUGCAGAAUUCAGUAGGAUUACAACAAUCCCUUUGGUGUCCAAAUUCAUGGGUCAGCUCGAUCAUUUCUCAACUCAGCUUAUCAGUGUUUUCAGAAAGAAAGGAGGAGCAGCAGGACAGAAGAUCAACAACAUCAUGUCAGUUUUGGAUCAGAAUGUUUCCAUCGAAAAAAGACGUGAAUGCAUCCUAAAAGCACUCGUUGUUUAUGUGAACGAAGACCCCUCAAACCUUGUGAAGGAGUACAUGGAUGUUGAACAUGAAGAAGCCCAAACCUUGAUGCGCAACACCACCCUUGGAAUCUAUGUCAUCAACCCUGAAGGGGCACAUGCUACAGACCCCUACCAAGAUGUUGGCAUCAUCAUUGAAGGCAUCAAAAUACUUGAAAACCUUAACAAUGUGGCACAUGCGUGUUCUAUGAUGCUUGGUCUGAUUUAUGCAUUCAACUUGGCCUACCCGCAAGAUUUGAGGUACACUUUUGAGAUAUUUCAAAAGCUUUUGAUGGAGCUAGAUGCCAACAAGCUGUCAAACAAGGUCCAUGUCCUAAAAAAUAAGCUUCUUUUCUAAGUACUAAGUUGAGGUCAGGAUCAAGUGAUGGUACUUGUUUCCACAAUGUUACACUGCAUAAAAUUAUUUUCAAGAAAAUUCUUAGUAUUUUUGUCUUGUUUUCAGUAAAAAUAUCUACAAAAAUUUUAAUUAAGAAAAUAACUCUAGUUUUUAGACCAAAAAUAUCAAAUUAAAUUUAUUUUUAUUUUUUUACUGAAAACAAGACAAAAAUACUAAGAUUUUUUUUCUUGAAAAUCAUUAUACUCAGUAUACUGUUGACUGUUACAGUACAUUUGUUCCAGUUCUGCCAUGUUACAGUUCUUUCGGUAUUUCUUGUUUUAAAUAAAUCCAUUGUUACUUUUCCCAAUUUAAAGAGGGGAAAAGAGAGACUUUUCUCCCACUUAAUUUCAUUUAUAGGCAAUGUGCUUUUAUUUUCUGUAUUUUAUUGUAUUUUGCUUUUAAUAAGGAAAUGGAAUAGUUUUAAAAAUACAGAUUUUGAACAAAUAAAUCUUGUUGGACAUUUGUGUUCUUAAAUGCAUUCAAUAUAUUUACUGUAUAUUGUUUACCUAAAAUAGUAAGAGAAAACAGUAAGACAUUGUUUACAGAGUUAAGAUUUUGCAUACAUUUUUAUUGUUAAAAAUGUGUAAAAUUGUUUUACUUGCAAUAAGAAGAGAAAACAG